AUGGUACAAUCUCAAGAUUUUAAAUACUGGGGACAAUUACAUCGGCCUAAAUUCAGAAGAACCCCCGAGGAUCCGACGAACAAAGAAAAGAAGGACGUCAGAGGUACGUCGCAAGGGCAGAACAAGAAAAUAAAUCUGAGGAGCGGUGGACGAACGAACGCAGAAAAGUAUCAUGAAUCGGAUGAAGAAUUAAAUGGGUACCUAGAUCCUUAUAACAUACACGCACAAAUGCGCAAGCUGGCAUCCAAAUUUCCGGAUGCAAACAUAAGCGUUGAAAUCAUUGGGCGAACAAUGGAGUACAACGACAUAGUUCUGCUUAAGGUUACUGAACAAAAUGACAAGAAGCGCUUCAGAAGUACAGACGAGACGAAGUACGUGAAAGAUGAAACGAGAAGAAGA